UCUAGCCUUAUUUAAAUGUGUUUAAGGGAUAGUGGCCCAUCUUAUGGUCCUGCCCCUGGGCAUCCCAAAAAGGCCAGCCCUGGCCUUGUUUUUCAGAGUGGCAUUGAGUUUCAUUUCUGAGGCUGCACUGUCUGCAACCAAUUGCUUUGAGGAACAGCCCUUAGGAGAGAAGAGGAUGAAGGCAAAGAUGGGGAACAGAGGGGUAGGGGAGUUUCAGAUCCUCCCCAAAGCUCCUAAGCCCUUGGGUUGUUGAUUUCUUGCCUCUCCCAGCCUUGCUCACCCACACACUCACACCCACAUCUGCAGCAGCCCUGGCCCUCUGGUGGACCUGGCCAUGCUAGUCGCCUGGCUAGCAGCUGUCAGCUUGUAGCAGCAGGAAGUGGUGGGCCUGGCAAACCGGCAAGCAUGCGGGGUUGGGGGGGUCCAGGCUCAUGUUGCAAUCCUGGAGAUUUAUGGUGGUGCCGGUGACGUUGCCUGACCCGGGGCCCUUCCUCCUGCACUGUUCUGCUUCCUGGGACAAUCCCAGGCCUGGAGGCCAAAACCCAGAAUUCUCAAUGCCUAAGAGAGGUGACAGAAAAGGUCUGUCUCUGCAGAACAGCUGAGGAGGGGGAUAAAGGGGACCUUGGAGAGAGGACAAGCCCAAGGCCCCGUGGGUGGCAUAGGCACAGGCUCUUGCUAUUGCCCUGUGCUUCUUUUUGGGGAAGUUACUUAAUUUUCUGUGCCUCACUUCCCCUGCCCCCUUGCCUGUGGAAGGGCCACAUGGAGCCCUUCAUGGGGCAGUCUUGUUCGGGGCCCAGCCACUAGUCAUGUCACCAGGUUAGGGAUGAAACCCUGUGUCCCUAGCAUGUGCUUCUUCAGGUGGAAGGUGGCCAGCAAGCCCGGAGAAAAGAUGCAGAGCACAGUCAACUACCUGUGGCACACAGAUGACCUGCUGGGGCAGGGCGCCACUGCCAGCGUGUACAAGGCCCGCAACAAGAAAUCUGGGGAGCUUGUCGCUGUAAAGGUCUUCAACACUGCCAGCUACCUGAGGCCCCCGGAGGUGCAGGUGAGAGAGUUUGAGGUCCUGCGGAAGCUGAAUCACCAGAACAUUGUCAAGCUCUUUGCGGUGGAGGAGACAGGGGGCAGCCGACAGAAGGUGCUGGUGAUGGAGUACUGUUCCAGUGGGAGUCUGCUGAGCGUGCUGGAGAGCCCUGAGAAUGCCUUCGGGCUGCCCGAGGAUGAGUUCUUGGUGGUGCUGCGCUGCGUAGUGGCUGGCAUGAACCACCUGCGGGAGAACGGGAUCGUCCACCGUGACAUCAAGCCUGGGAACAUCAUGCGCCUCGUGGGGGAGGAGGGACAGAGCAUCUACAAGCUGACCGACUUCGGGGCUGCCCGGGAGCUGGAUGAUGAUGAGAAGUUCAUCUCUGUCUAUGGGACGGAGGAGUACCUGCACCCUGACAUGUAUGAGCGGGCAGUGCUCCGAAAGCCCCAGCAAAAGGCCUUUGGGGUGACUGUGGAUCUCUGGAGCAUUGGAGUGACCCUGUACCAUGCAGCCACAGGCAGCCUGCCCUUUGUUCCCUUUGGUGGGCCACGGCGCAACAAGGAGAUCAUGUACCGAAUCACCACCGGGAAGCCACCCGGGGCCAUUGCAGGCACUCAGAGACGGGAGAACGGGCCCCUGGAGUGGAGCUACAAACUCCCCAUCACCUGCCGCCUGUCCGUGGGUUUGCAGACCCAGCUGGUGCCCAUCCUGGCCAACAUCUUGGAGGUGGAGCAGGCCAAGUGCUGGGGCUUCGACCAGUUCUUUGCGGAGACCAGUGACAUCUUGCAGCGAGUUGUCUUCCACGUCUUCUCCCUGUCCCAGGCAGUCCUGUACCACAUCUACAUCCACACCCAUAACACGAUAGCCAUCUUUCUGGAGGCUGUGUGUAAGCAGACCAAUGUGGCCCCCCGGCACCAGAACUACCUCUUUGAAGGUCACCUCUGUGUCCUUGAGCCCAACCUCUCAGCACAGCACAUCGCCCACACAACAGCCAGCAGCCCCUUGACCCUCUUCAGCAUAGCUGAUGAGACCCCCAAGGGGCUGGCCUUCAGGGACCCUGCUCUGGACGUCCCCAAGUUUGUCCCCAAAGUGGAUGUGCAGGCAGAUUACAACACCGCCAAGGGUGUGUUGGGCACCGGCUACCAGGCCCUGCGGCUGGCACGGGCCCUGCUGGACGGGCAGAAGCUGAUGCUGCGGGGGCUGCACUGGGUGGUGGAGGUGCUCCAGACCAGAUGCAGGCGGAAUCUGGAGGUCUCCCAGACAGCACACUUCUGCCUCAGCAGCAGCAUGAGCACAGAGAGGCUCAGCAGCGUGCCCGGGACACCUGACGUCCAGGAACUGAAGGAGGCCACAGAGCUGAGGUCCAGGCUGCGGACUUUGGCUGAGGUCCUCUCCAAGUGUUCCCAGAAUAUGAAAGAGACCCAGAUGAGCCUCAGCAACCUGAGCUCAGAGCUGGCGAAGAGCCGGGAUCAGGUACAUGAGGACAGAAGUAACCAGCAGAUUCAGUGCUGUUUGGACAAGAUGAACCUCAUCUACAAACAGUUCAAGAAGUCUAGGAUGAGGCCAGGGCUUAGCUACAAUGAGGAGCAGAUUCACAAGCUGGAUAAGAUGAAUUUUAGUCACCUAGCCAAAAGGCUCCUGCAGGUGUUCCAGGAGGAGUGUGUGCAGAAGUAUCAGGUGUCCCUAGUCACACAUGGCAAGUGGAUGAGAGUGGUACAUGAGACCAGCAACCAACUGCACCUGGUGCACUGUUCUGUGGUCGUCUGUAUCUCAGAUGCCCGGGAAGCCCAGGAGAGCCUUGGCAAGAUCCUUGACCGGGUAUCUCAGCAGCUCCUUCAGGACAGAACAGAAGGGACUCCAGCCUCACCACCCCCUGCAGCUCCUUAUUCUACACAAAGGGACCUGCUUUUCCACAUGCAAGAGCUCUGCGAGCAGAUGAAGCAGCUGGCGUUUGACCUCCAGGAAAACAACCAAAUCAUUGAGCGGUUAAAUAGAAUCCCAGCUGCUCCUGAAGUCUGAGCUCCGUGGGGUGCAUGAAGCAUCCUGAAGCAUUAGAAUGAUUCGAACACUGCACCCCUGCACUGCGGGACCCAACCCAGGGUGAGAUCUGGUCCCAUCUCAUCAGCCUACCUCCCUCCUGGCCAAUGGCUGGGAGAUGUCACCAGCAUUACCUUCCACUGCCUUUCCCCCUGGGAAGCAGCCCAGCCCAGACUAGGACACCAGGCCAUCUCCGUCCAGACUCACAGGGAAGAGUGUGGCAGCUACUGCCUGGAAUGACUUUCUCUGAUUUAGGCUCAGAUAGUGCUCCUCCUUACCCUGGCCUGUGUGGCUGAACCUGGCUGGGCCAUGGGGACAAGUGGAUGUCAUAUGCUCUCCCAUCCAGCCUCUGGUUUACAGGGCUUCACUCCCUGGGGAACAGGAGAAGAGACCUCCUGGGGUUUCCCCAGGGUGCUGGGUCAAAUGACCUCAUCUCCAUCUUCCUUCCCCUUGAGGUCUUUCACAUUGAACACAGCUCUGUCUAACUCCCCUGUGGUUUCUGGGGUCACCACAUUCAGCCCCAAACAACACAGAGCCUCAUUUUCCUUCUGCUCUUGGACUGGUUGGACCUCAGAUUGAGCUAAUGAGUGAUCAAGGCCAGGUGCCAGUGCCUUGGGGACCCUUUUUCCAUUUUCCCCUCUCUCUGAGGCAACACUGGGCCUGGGACAUGCAGCCGGCCAGCAGGAACAGGUGGCCAUGCAAGUAAGCACGGGCCUAUAAGUCCAGCACCCUGCACCUUUAGAAAAUGGAAUAAAU